GAGAGAGAGAGAGAGAGAGAGAGAGAGAGAGAAUGGAGCAACGGACAUGGCCUCCUGCUUCAGAUGGCUGUCAAUUCCCUCGCCUCUUCUCUUCCAUUCCCACCCACAAAGUCGCAUCCCCACGCUCGUCAAUAAGGCCCAAGAAAAGCUCUAAGGGCUCUGCAACUAGUUGCAAUAACAAAUUGCCCUUAAACCCUAACUUCUCUGCCCUCCCUUUUGAUGUUUUGAGAAGGUUGGCGUCCUCCUUCACUGUUACUGAUCUUUGGGCAGCGAGCAGAGUGUGCAGAUCAUGGAGGGAGGGACUGCAACCUUUGAGAGAGGCCAUGGUUUUGGUUCGAUGGGGAAAGAGAUUUAAGCAUGGAAUGGGAGGGGUCAGGAGAAACCUUAACAAAGCCCUUGAUUCCUUCCUCAAGGCUGCAGCUCAUGGCUCGGCUGCUGCCAUGGUUGAUGCUGGCCUCAUUUUCUGGGAAAUGGGUAAGAAAGAUGAUGGGAUUGCCUUGUAUCGGAAGGCUGCGGCUCUCGGAGAUCCUGCUGGUCAAUGCAAUCUAGGGCUUUCAUAUUUGCAAGUGGAUCCUCCUAAUCCUGAAGAGGCUGUAAGAUGGUUCUACAAAGCUGCUUUUGCAGGGCAUGUGGGAGCUAAGUACAGCCUUGCACUUUGUCUGCAGCAAGGUCGCGGUGUGGCGUGUAAUCGUGUGGAAGCUGCUAGGUGGUACCUGAGAGCUGCGGAAGGUGGAAAUGCCCGUGCCAUGUAUAAUACAGCUUUAUGUUACUUGUCUGGAGAAGGAAUAUCGAGGAACUAUCAACUUGCAAGAAAGUGGAUGAAACGUGCAGCUGAUUUUGGUCAUCGUAAAGCUCAAUACGAGCAUGGACUCUCUCUAUUCUCUGAAGGGGAGAAAACCAUGGCACUCGUGUAUCUUGAACUUGCCUCUCGAGCUGGGGAGACUGCUGCUGCUCAUAUCAAGGAUGUUCUCGUCCAACAGCUUUCUCCAUCAAUGAGAGCUUGUGCCAUGUCCUCUGCUGAUAACUGGCAUGCUUUGCGUGCUCCACGUUAAUAGUUCAAGAUGUGAAUAUUCUUUAUGCAGCUCUUAAUCCAUACGAACGGUGGAACUAUUGUACAUUAUUCAACGGUUCAUCAUGCCUGUUGCAUUGGCGUUCAUGUCUGGUGUUGGCAUGGUGCGUCUAAUUGUCAAGAAGGGGGUUAUGUCGUGGCUCUCCUCAAUAUCUUACGUCAUUAUACCAUACAGAAAUGUAUAGCUCAAGAGAAUUCAUGGUGGUGCUAACGUCGAUCUCUUUUUGGUCUUUUUUGCUGUGUACUUCAGAAGUCAAAGCAAAGGAUGUGUACGGUAUUCUGGCUUUUUGCACAACUUAUUGUAUAAUAGUUUUAUGUUUACACAGCCCCGUUUUGGUGUGUGCUGCCCUUGAAAAGUUUGAGUGAACAUGCAUUUCCACUUGCGAAAGGUUUCUAUACUUCUACACCAUAGAAGAUCCAUGCUUUCUUUAGCA